UAUAAAAUUAUAAAAUGAUUAGUAAAUCGUAUUUGAGGUUAAAGCCUAUAACUUUGAUGAGGGCCACAACCAGGUCUAUUAGCAGCUAUGACGAUGUACCCUCCAAGGUCGUCCUGAAUAAGGACUUCAUGAAGGAUGAACAAGGAAAUUACCUCGUCACUCUUCUCAAAGGGCACGGAAUCGGCCCUGAGAUCAGUAGAAGUGUAAAACAAAUUUUCCAAGCUGCAGGUGUCCCAAUUACUUGGGAAGAACAUGAAGUUUAUAGUAGAGCCAUGAAUAAGGAAGGAGAUCUGCUAUCUUCUGAGACUAUCAACUCUAUUAGAAGAAACAAGGUUGCUUUGAAAGGCCCUUUCAUGACUCCUAUCGGUAAAGGAUUUAGAUCUCUUAAUGUGACCCUCAGGAAGAAGCUUCAGCUGUAUGCAAAUGUACGUCCAUGUCGUACUAUUAAAGGAAUUGAUAAUAUAUAUGAUAACGUAGAUUUAGUCACCAUCAGAGAGAAUACUGAAGGAGAGUAUAUGGGGCUCGAGCACAGAGUAGUUCCAGGAGUCAGCGAGAGUAUCAAAAUUAUUUCUAGAAGAGCCUGAUUGAAAAUAGCUAGAUAUGCUUUUGAGUAUGCUAUCAGGAACAAUAGAAAAAGAAUCAUUGGCGUUCAUAAAGCAGGAGUUAUGAAGAAGGGGGAUGGUCUCUUCUUGGAAUGCCUCAGAGAAAUAAAUGAAGAGUAUCCAACAAUUCAGUAUAGCGAGAAGCAAGUUGAUACUAUGUGCAUGAAGUUAGCCAUGAAUCCACAAGACUGAGAUAUGAUGGUCAUGCCUAAUCUGUAUGGAGAUAUUGUCUCAGAUCUUUGUGCCGGACUUAUUGGAGGUCUUGGACUGACAGCUUCUGGAAAUAUUGGAGCAGAGGCAGCAGUUUUUGAAGCAGUACACGGUACUGCCCCAGAUAUUGCUGGCAAAAAUCUUGCUAAUCCAACAGCUUUGUUGCUUUCCGGAUGCAUGAUGCUAGAUCAUAUGGAACUCUAUGAUCAUGGAAAUACUAUUAGAAAUGCUAUUUAUAACACUAUUGAGGAGAGAGAUAACUUAACAAGAGAUCUAAAGGGAGCUGGAUCAACUACACUCUUCACUGAGGCAGUUAUUAAACGUAUCGAAAAUAAAACAGAUCCUGAAGCUAAGGAGUACUCUUUUGCUGAAUCUAAGGAUACCAAAAUUGAUGAAGCACCCCAAUAGUCAAGAUCAAAUAAAAAUUACGAC